AUGAUUACUACUUUAUCAGAUAAGCUUGCUCCACCCAACGUCAUGUUGGCUAUGGGCCAUCCAGGAUCUCGUCAACAAUGCAUAUCGGUCAACAGCAACAAUAAUAGCGAUACCGAAGACAACACUGCUACUACUACUAGUAGUACACCGGACCCUUCAGCCGAACAACCUUCACGUUGGGCCUGUCAUAAACACAUUCUUUCAGAGCAUUCGCCUUAUUUUGCAGCCAUGUUUGAAAGCGAGUUUUAUGAAUCGGAUACGAGCAUUGUCUUUUUACCUUUGGGCGUGUUUUCAGCCACGGGACUUGAUAUUGCAUUACGCUUUAUGUAUUCUUCUCAGGAUCUUGUAUUAUUGCAAAAGGAAGGCGCAGCAGCAACAACAACUUUGGAGACAAUGCACCAAUUACUUGAAGCGUAUUCGGCAGCAGACUACCUUGGGAUGGAGCACUUGAAAGAGAGGAUUGUGGAAGACGUGAGUCAACUGACACACCACUGGACGUGCUAUUGCUCAGGAUGCCGUGAUGCCGUGAUUCAAAUCAUUCCUUACAGCGAGAUACGAGCACGACGCCACCACGAUGUGAUAAUGAACAACAUCCACAGUCGAGCUGUAGACAUACUGACAAGUGAACCGGAUCGUGCCUUGGCGACGUAUUGGGUGAGCCCACGUUUGAUUGAAGUGCUUGCAUUAUACCCCAAUCUCAGCAGCCAAGUGAUUUCACGCAUCACUCGCUUCAAUGCUGUCGAAACACUGCAUGCAUGUUUUACUGCUUCCGAUCAUGUGAACAACGACGACGACGACGAAUACCCAGCCCUUGCCAUCACACUCAACCUUGCUAGAGAUCACGCCAUUCACAUGGUGGCUACUCAAUUUGCGUUCUAUUGCUCUCAAUACCCGACGUUGCUAUCAUGCAUUGAUGGCAUCAAGUAUUCAUUUGAAUUUGUAAGAUACUUGUUUGGAUGGCUGUUGCAACCCGAUAUGAGUGUGUACCACGCACCUGCCAUUUAUCAGGGUAUUGUUCGUGAUCUUUUGAGUCGUCAUGCCGUGCAACAAUGUCCUCAAAUCAAAUCCAUUCUUUUGAGUGCCAAGCAAUCCAUUGAGACUUUUUUGGUCGAUAAUUUGGAUCAAGUCGUUGCUAGUGGAGGUUUGAAACAAUUGGAUCGUGCGGUGCUGAGUAAAUGGAUUGAAGAGCGCAACAUCCCUAUCAAACGACUUGGUUUGGAAUCAUCACGCAUUCAUUCAUCAACAACAACAACAAAACAUACCACCACCACCCGACCACGUAACAACAACAAUGCUACUAAAUCAUCAUCAUCUCAUCAAAAACGGACCACCAUCGGCCAAGUGAUGCAUCGGCAGGUUACGCACCUUUUUGAUUGGCUACGACACAACAACACACCUGCCGACAAUGACAGCAAGAAAGAAGCAGAAAAGAAAAAGCAUCACCCAUUCAACGAUAAACAUGCAAAAACAACUGCAUCUGCAGCAGCUCCAGCAGCAUCCAACAAAAAGACACCUGUUGGUAAAAGGAGGAUUCUACUCGUUCGCAAAUCAGUGACAUCACCGUAA